AUGCCAUCCCGCCAAGUCGAUGCGCAACCGCGCAUCACCAAAUUCACCAACUGUCGCAUCCUCAAAAACGGCCAACUCAUCGAGCAGGAUCUAUGGAUCGAUUCAUUCUCCGGCAAAAUCCUGCGCGACCAGGAAGCCUUUUAUGAGCUACACCUGUCUCCGGACCAGGUCAUCGACCUGAACGGGCGCAUUCUCGCCCCGGGGUUUAUUGACGUCCAACUCAACGGCGCGCAGGGCUUCGAUUAUUCAGUACCCCAAGCCACGCGCGAGGAAUACGAUGCCGGAUUCUUGGAGUCGAAUCGCGGUCUGAUCAAGACGGGCGUGACAUCCUUUCUGCCCACUACCGUGAGCACGACAGCCGAGAACUACCAAAAGGUUCUCCCCUCUCUUGCUCCCACCGGGACUCGUCGUCCCCACGAUGGCACAGAGUCGCUCGGGGCCCACGUUGAAGGGCCCUUUAUCAACCCGUCGCGCAACGGCAUCCACAAGCCUGAAGUGCUUAUAUCGGCAGCGCAGGGAUUCCAGGACAUUGUCGAUUGUUACGGCCUGGAAAACAUCCCCGAGGUCAAGGCCAGCGAAGAAGAUACCCCCCUUGCAAACGGACACGCCAACGGCCAAACCAACGGCACGUCCACCACCAAGCCGGCCAUCAAGAUGAUCACCGCAGCCCCUGAAGUCGGACACAUGACCAAGAACAUUCGCGAACUCACAGCGCGCGGCAUCGUCUACUCGAUCGGCCACUCGGACGCCACCUACGAACAGGCCAUGACGGCAGUCGGCCAAGGCGCCAUGAUGAUCACGCAUCUCUUCAACGCCAUGCGGCCCUUUUACCACCGCAACCCGGGCGUUUUCGGCCUGCUCGGCCAAAGCGACCUGCCCAAACCGUUCUUUGGCGUCAUCGCCGACGGAAUCCACCUGCACCCAACCUCCAUUAAAAUCGCAUACAACGCACACAGCGAAGGGCUCAUCCUCGUCACCGACGCAAUGCGCCUCUGCGGCUUGCCCGACGGUACAUAUGACUGGACCAACGGCGACCGCAUCAUCAAAAAGGGUGUGCGCCUGACCCUCGAGGGAUCGGACAAAAUCGCCGGCAGCUCUGCAACCCUGAUCGAAUGCGUCAACAACUUCCGACGCUGGACCGCGGCUUCCACGGCCGAAACCCUGGUCGCCGUCACCGCGACGCCCGCGCGCAUGCUGGGCUUGGAGAAAAUCAAGGGAACUCUGGACCACGGCGCCGAUGCCGAUCUGGUCGUGCUUAGCGAUAGGCUAGAUUCGUACAGCGGACCGACGCUGACGGUGGACCAGGUGUGGAAGUUUGGUGUCAAGGUUCACGAUACUGAUGAGAAGCCGGUGGUCAGCGCAAAGGUUUCGCAGUAG